CACCACCUUUAAAUAAAUGAAAUGAAAUGAAACCUCUUCAUCCCAAUAACAUCAAUAGCCUCUCUGGAUAUUAAACACAGAUCGUGAGAUAUUUUUCUUCUUGCUGAGCAAAAUUUCGGAAAGAGAAAAAGCAGACAUUGAACUAGAGACAUCGAUUUUAUUUCCUUGGAGAAGAAUAUAAGAGUUUGGAGCUCAGACAGAAAACAAGGCUCUCCAAAAUCCCCUGUUCUCCACCCAAUUACAUGGGAUCCAUCACAGAACCAUCCCCGGCGCCAAACCACGGCAAGCCCCCUGGAAUCCGACUAAUAGAGCAGUUAAAAAAGUCGAAAAUCUCGUACAAGACUCACCAAGCCACAGUCCUAAUCGUAACCUUUUUCGCCUACUUAACCUACCACGCCACCCGUAAAACCACAAGCGUCGUCAAGAGCGCGCUCGACCCACAAUCCCCAGACAUCGAGCUCAAAUCACCCUUCUCAUGGACCAGGGCCUACUCACAAAAGCCCCUCGAGACUGCAAAACUCAGCAACUCAUGGGUUCUUGGAUCUGGGUGGGGCCCGUUUAACGGGCCCGACGGAACUACUCUGCUAGGCGUGCUCGAUGUGGCCUUCCUCUUUGUAUAUGCAAUGGGAAUGUACUUCUCGGGCCACGUAGGAGACAGAAUGGACCUUAGGAUAUUUCUCACUAUAGGAAUGGUUGGUACCGGUUUGUUCACUUCCCUAUUUGGGGUCGGGUAUUGGGCCAACAUCCAUUUAUUUUACUAUUAUUUAUUAGCCCAAAUGCUGGCUGGUUUGUUCCAGUCGACUGGUUGGCCCUCGGUUGUGGCCGUUGUCGGCAACUGGUUCGGGAAGAAAAAGAGAGGGCUUAUAAUGGGUAUUUGGAACGCUCACACUUCACUAGGCAACAUAACUGGCUCCGUAGUUGCAUCGGUUUUGUUGAAAUACGGUUGGGGUUGGUCAAUGGUGGUACCUGGCCUUGGUAUUGCCUUUGUCGGGUUAUUGCUCUUCUGUUUCUUGCCGGUUAGUCCCGAGUCUGUUGAUGUCAGCUUGGACGAGGAAGAUGAUUCGCCGCUGAUGUCACCCAAGAAGGAAGGUGAGGAGAUUAUAACCGAGCCUCUUUUGAGGUCGAAAUCCGACGAAAGGGACGCCGUUGGGUUUUUGGAGGCAUGGAGGAUUCCCGGUGUUGCCCCCUUUUCGCUGUGCCUUUUCUUCUCGAAAUUGGUGGCGUACACUUUCCUUUACUGGCUCCCGUUCUACAUUAGCCACACGGCUAUUGAAGGAAGAUACUUGUCGAACGAGGAGGCCGGGAACUUAUCAACGAUGUUUGAUGUCGGAGGGGUAAUUGGGGGAAUUCUCGCGGGACACAUUUCGGACAGGCUGGACGCUAGAGCCAUAACGGCCGCCAGUUUCAUGUACUGUGCAAUACCGGCACUCUUCUUCUACAGAAGCUAUGGCCACGUGUCCAUGGCCUUGAAUGUGGUACUUAUGCUAGUGACGGGUAUGUUUGUGAAUGGGCCUUAUGCACUUAUCACGACAGCGGUCUCGGCUGACCUCGGGACCCACAGCAGCCUCAAGGGGAACUCGCGGGCCCUGGCCACGGUCACGGCUAUAAUAGAUGGAACGGGCUCGAUUGGGGCAGCUGUGGGCCCGCUGCUGACGGGCUACAUCUCGGCCCAGAGUUGGAGUGCUGUGUUCACGAUGCUGAUGGGGGCGGCCCUGGUGGCGGGGCUGCUGCUGACGAGGCUGGUCGUGGCUGAGGUCGGUGCCAAGAUUCAGGGGCCGAGGAUUCCGGAAGGUUCUCGGCCGAGGUCGACGGUAUUGGAUGUGUGAUCAAGAUGAAAAUGGAGUCGAUUUCACCUUUUUUUUCUUUUUCUUUUUUUAUAUGAAGUUCAUGAUGUAUAUUCUUUGUAUUGUAUGUGCAUAUAAUGGGAUUUUAGAAUCCAUUAUGGCUUCUGGCUAAAGAGAAAGCCAGAGGAUAUGGUUUUGCUUGCUUUGUCCAAGACCUGCAGAUUGUAAUUUUUCUGGCACUGGGGAAAAAUUUGGAAGGAAAAAAAGGAGUUAAAUGUCAAUGCAGUUUGAUAAGAUAUAGCUCUCCUAAAGUCAAUUGAGUUAUUAAUUUGUUAAUGUUUUAGUUCUAAAUUUGGGAGCUUGGUUUAUUAUGAUUUGAGCAGUUAGACUUGGACACAAAUAACUAUAGAAUUACCAGGCUCAUAAGGGUAUGGGGAGCCUACUAAAAGGUGUCAAUUGAUCAGGUUUUGGAUGGAUAUUUUUGGGGCAAAUUCGAUCUGACCUGGCUGAGGUUUUUUUUACCAUUACAUUUACUUAAACACAUUAUAUGAGUGUGUUGAUAAAAAUCCA